AUGACACACAUAGUGUUCUUCCUUCUGCCAAAUCGCCAGCGCCAGACUUACGAGCGUCUGUUCCGUCUUCUCAAGGAUGCUGUCCACCAGUCAACAGGUUCCCCACUAAAGACCCAAAUAAUCCAGACGGACUUUGAAGUUGCAGCUAUUAGGGCAAUAGAGACAUUGUUUCCAGACUGUGAUGUUAGAGGGUGCUUCUUUCAUUACUCCCAGGCCCUUUGGAGGAAGGUGCAAAGACUAUAUUUCAGUGCUCUCUUUCAACAGAAUCCUGAAGUUAACGCCUGGGUUCGUCGUGCAGCCGCAUUUCCACUUCUUCCUGUCAACCUGGUGCAGGAUACAUUCGUAGGUGUCAUGGACAGUGCUCCAGAGAUACCACAAGCAGUGCAGUUCCAUGACUACAUGACCAACACCUGGAUUGAUGGCCAUGCUCAGUUUCGGUUGGGAUUAUGGAAUCAUCACGACAACAUUGGCCCCAGAACCAGCAAUCAUCUAGAAGAGUGGCAUUGUCAUCUUAACAAGGUCGUCCAGAGAGCCCAUCCGAACAUUUUUGCCUUCAUCAAAGUGAUCCAGAGACUAGAGAAGACGGAAAGAAACAAGCUUGCUCAGUAUCUCCAUGGCGCCCCUCCACAACCCCGCAAGAGAAUAUAUCUAGAGAUCAACCAGAGACUAGAAAGGCUACAGGAGCAGCUUCGACUUGGUAUCAAGUCUCCUCUCCAGUUCCUUGAUGCAGCUGGAUGUGUUGUAAAACUGGGCUAA